GAAACAUAUUAACGCCGCCACAACUUUGUCACAUCGUUUCCCGUCUGGAAGCAGUAGGUUGUGUUCUACCGGGAUGCAGCAUCCAAUCAUAGUACAGCGGACGUGUCCUGGAGCCAGUAAUAUUGUCUUGCCUGGAAACUAAGUGGGAAUCCUAAUAACGCGGUAGCGAGUGUAUAGGCUAACAUUUUGCCAUUGUCCCUUUCGAGUGUUGCGUUCAAUGACACCGCGUCACGGCGAACUCCGUGCCCUCGUUUCGCAUGGCCAAAAGUCAUGGACGAGCAAACAUACUGCACUGUUUGUUCUCUCGCUUGGUCAAAUGUGACACGAAGGAGUGAGAUUAUAUUCCAAAAGAAACCGGACACCAUACACAGUCUGCAGUAAAGACAAGCAGGCCUUUUUGACCAUCAAGACGACGUUUAUCUGUGGGACGAGUGGACACAAAUUUGGACUGAAAGAAAAGUGGACUCAGCAGAGUGAGCGGUGGUGAACUCCUUUGACCCGGUGUCAGAAUGGCCUCAAGACAGGGAGACGUGCCAGCUCUAGAAUCUGGACCGUCGUCCGUACUCUUUGGUGCACUGUCGUCUCCCAUUGGACUCACCCGACACAAUAUGAGCUACGACGAGCAAAUGGAUGCUCCAAUGCAUUCCCCGCCUGCGGACUUUGCAGUUAACACCUUAUGGAGAGACCCCGUCGUCCCAAAGCACAGGUUUAGGAAGACUGCAGAGGAAAGUGAGAAGAGUGGCUUGAUGAUGACUGCAGAGAGAUUGGAGCCAGCCAAACCCCCUGUCCAUGUGAAAGCCAAAGCCAGCUCUUUCAUGAGCUCUCUCACUUUUAAGCAAACCCAAGAGAACCUCCGAAGUUUUGAGCACCAGGCAGGGCUGACCGACACUGGCUAUACCCCCCACAAGGGCCUUUCUGCUGAGGAGACACGCUUUCGCCGUCUGGCUGAUGGCAUACAACCUAAGCUGAGAAUGUCAAUCGGGGACUUCAAGGACGACAGGCUUACAACAUCAGCACAAUCCACCCCAAGUGGCACCCCUUGUGUCACCCCCUCCGUCACACCAUCUGUCACCCCCUGCGCCAGUCCCCUCUCAUCACCUGCUGUUGGUCGCAGGAGCUGGUUCCAGCAGAAUCCUGUGCCCCUUCUCAAAGCGUUAGAGUCCAGUAGUCCUAACCACACGGAAGACAUGGGAGGAAACCAGGGAGGAGAGGACAGGUGGAGCUUCUUCGGAACUCGCUCUGUGGUACAGAAGUCCCCCACUCACCCAGGGUCUGAACCCAACACAGGCUUUUCACUUCAGUCCUACUUUGGCCUGCAGAAGUCCUCCACCAUUGCAGGCACCGGUGGACAAGACAGCCUCAGGGUGGGGGACGCUGCCACCUUCAAGCCCCCCAAGAUUGAAAUUUCAGGCUUGGACCCCAAGCAGGUGCCCCCACGGCCACACAAACUCAAACCCCGGGACAUGAAUGUCUUAACACCUUCAAGCUUCUGACCAGACGCACGGUGAUUAUAUCUCUGUCCCCUCAGUCAUGUGCUUCCCUGCCUUCCUUCGUCCCCUAGGCAGACCACCCACCCCUGUGCACUAUCAGUCCCUACCCCCUCCUGAUAGUAUUAAGUGACUGCACUGCUACUACUUCAGUGGACUGCAAUCUUGUAAUCCGCUCCAUUUCUUCCAAGUAGUAGGUCCAAAUAUGUGGGGAACAUUUUUUUCAAUAUCCCUUAAGAGCUAAUUGCCAUAUACUGUAUAUACAAUGACUUAUUAUUUUAGUAAGUGAUGCAGUGUUUCCAUCAUGGGAUGAGAUUGAAGUUGUCAAGCACACCCUCUCGUACAAAGUUCUAUUUUGUUAAGACAUCACAGAUUUGUGGUCGGGCUUGGUGCCUAAGCCUGCAGUAGUGUUUUUCUUUUCUAAAUAUUUGGCUUUGUUUACACGUCAAGUGCAACUGCUUACCUGAACAAAUGUAUAAUUAAGAUCACAGUGUAUGUUCAUUGUCUUCACUCUUCCCAUAGUUCUGUGGAUUUUUUUUUUUCUGUAGAAUCACAAUAUAACUCUAUGUUGAGCUAUAGAGAUUGCAGUGCUUGUUUUUCAUGUUUUUUUUUUUUUAAUUGUCAAAACAAUCUGGUCCUUGAAGUUGUUUUUGAAAAUGUUGAUCAGUUACUUUAUGUAAUUGCACAAGGGAGAUUGUAACUCCCACUUGCACGUGUAAAUAAAUCUACAUACAAACAUACACUUCGUUAUUAUUAAGUACUUGUGGCAUUCUUUUCACGUAACAUUGUAAAACAUGUUUUAUGUAAGUGAAGAGACCUAUUCCCAAACAUUGUUUGGCUAUUUUUUUAGUAAAAUGUGAGCCAGCAAAAUGUGUGGUUACAGUCAACUUCUUCUGAACCUAUAAACACAAGUUACAGGGGAUAAAUACAGUAUACUGUAGAUAUGUGAAAUUAUGUAUUGGGAGGUACUGAGUCCAUGCUGAGGGAAUGCAUUGUUUAAUUACAGUCCUUGGCCAGAAGAUAGCAGCAUGGGCUCACAUUCUUGUUUAACACACAUUAUACA